AUGAGCUCCAUUACAACAACAUCUACAACGGCAACAGUCGUUUUACGUGGCGGGAAUACGCCACGUUCUUCCGAUCUCGAUUUAGACCUUAGCAUUCCGCUGCAAAUCGUCGAGGCCUCACCUCCACCGUCACCGCUGUCGCCGGCGUCGUCUCGUAGCCCCAGUCCACUCCCGGCAUAUGCAUUGGCUUCGUCAGCUCCCUCAUCUCUAGCGUUACGGCUGCUGCCAACCUCAGCAGCGAAAAAGGCAUUUCGCCCACUGCCCCCACCCACUCCAGCUGCACCGCAGGUUUGGUUGGAUGAUCAUGACUACAUCUAUCCGAACCCACCGCACGGGGAGAUGUCUGUUUCUAGUGGCGUUACUACUGCCACGAUGUGCCCUGCGGCGACAACUAGUACCACGGCAGUUUUAACGGCGGCGACCGCAAGCACGACGUCCGACGUCGUACAAGACGGUACGCUGUUGCCCACGAGAACAGUGCACGCCGGUCCACGGAUCGAGCCUGGCCAAAUACUUCUGCCAGCCAGGCAGAUCGUGAUCGUUCAACACCAGCCUACUGGCCAAUUGAAAGUUGCACAGCAACAGCAACCACAAUGCGCUACAGCUCACCUACAACAAUCAGCGCCUCGCGCGUCUCUAUCGGUCAUUAUAUCGAAACGAGUAGCUGCUACUAAUGCCGUAGGCUAUAGCCCUGCAGCUUCAGCUGCGGCUCCUGCUCCCACUACAAACAGAAAUUCACAACCAGCUUCAUCAUUACCAACCUCAUUGUCAUCGACGACUGAAAAAACGGCCGUCGACUGCCAUUUAGUCGGUGUAAAAGGCGCUAAAUUCACGGUUUCAUCGGAACAGUUAGUUAAAACAGCGACAACCUUUGUCCCCGAACCCAAAAUCACGGCACUGUGUCAGCUUAGUGGCUCGAAGCCGUUUCAAGAAGGGCCGCUUACGGUUAGUGCUUCUGUGAACAAUCGUACGGUGAAAUCGGCUCACGAGACGCAAGAUACUGAAGGAGCUUAUGAAGUGAGUGAAGUAGUGACCAAGAUCGUUGACACCGUUGUAGCUUUGGAAUACUGUCGGGAUGUGGCCGCCCGUAAUGCAGCACAUAUCAACGCAUCAACAGGUGAAAAAUUUCUUAUAGACAAUACAAUUUUUGAUUUCCGGUAUUAG